UGCAUCAGUUUUAAUAAUGCUGUCUUUCUGCGUACGUGUCAAAUCUAACUCUGUCGUAUAACAUCAGGGAAAGAGACCAAGUGCUUCUGCCGUCAUCAAAGAAAACAUCGAUUGAAUUGGAAUUGGAAUUGGAAUUGGCAAAGAAAACAAGUCGACGGGAGGCCAUAGUGAUGCAGAGGCUCGUCGAUUCUGCACUUGGCGUUGCCAAAGAAUCAGUGAAAGCAUUCACACAAGAAACUUUUAACAACACCGUGAGAUUAAUAAAUGGGUUUUCUGCUCUUGUACUUGCUAUAUUACCGGGGAAAGCUGGCAGCUUGGAAGGCCUUCAUGGGUGGGAGCUGAGACCAUCCUUUCAAGCUCCACGUUUGCCUCGCUGGAUGGAAGAUGGGGUAUCUUCUUUCAAUAAAAUCAUCCAUGAGAAUUCUUUGGGCUUUGACUCUUGUACAGAAUCAGAAUAUGAAUCUGGACAGGAAGAUUAUGAUGAGAAUAUCAUCCCUUCUUCUCCUUCUACUCAAGGUUCUUGUUUGUCACAAACAAACAGCUUUGUUAGACGUGAGAAGCAUCCGAAGUCCUUGCUGAAACGAUUUUUUGGCUGGAUUUUGUGGCCUCUGAAAUGUUUCUUUGGUGUAUCACAAUCUUCAUAUACUUCUUCCAGAAAUUCUCCAAGGUGGACUGGAUCAUUGCUCGCUUCUCCGAAUGGAAGAGAAAGCUUCAGGCAUGUAUAUGGCUUUGCAAGCAAAAGAAUGAACAUGAUUAAAAGCCACGUAGUUCAACGAACAACUGAUCAAAGGCGUGGCUUAAUUGAGGAUUUGCAGCUCCUUGUGCAGAUUGUUAUAGAACAUGUAUUUGAUAUUGUGACUAAAGUGCUUCACUUUCUUCUAUCUCCCCUUGAAACAUGUCGAUUGGUAUUCCAAAGGCUCUUUACCAGCCAACGAGCCAGUGAAAGUGACAUGUUGGCUAGCAAGAAUGCCGUGCCUUUCCAGACAUCAACUCUUGGCGAUUGUGACCCAACACCUAAUUUGCAACAAACAAAAUUUUCACAAUCUUUGAACACAGAUGCACGGACAUGUGGGGAUGUUAUAACAGAAUUAGGAUAUCCUUAUGAGGCUAUUCGUGUCACAACAGCUGAUGGUUAUGUUCUCCUCCUGGAAAGAAUUCCAAGGAAUGAAUCACGGAAGGUCCUUUACCUGCAACAUGGAUUGUUGGACUCAUCUUUGGGUUGGGUGUCAAAUGGAGUAGUUGGUUCCCAAGCAUUUGCAGCAUAUGAUCAAGGCUAUGAUGUUUUCCUAGGUAACUUUCGGGGUUUAGUGUCCAGAGAGCACGUUGAUAAGCAUAUAUCUUCUCGAAGGUACUGGAAGUAUUCAAUCAAUGAACAUGGCACUCAAGAUAUUCCUGCAAUGAUUGAAAAAAUACACGAGAUAAAGAUGUCUGAGCUAAGUGACUUGCAGAUUGGCUUGGAUCAUUAUAAUAAAAGAGAUGACCUUCCUUACACAAUUUGUGCUGUCUCACAUAGUCUGGGUGGCGCUGCAUUGCCGAUGUAUGUAGUAACAAAGCGCCUAAAAGGACAACCCCAUCGACUUUCAAGAUUAAUUCUAUUAUCACCUGCAGGAUUCCAUGAAGAUGCACCAUUGAUUUUAAAAUUUUGUUCAUAUAUUUUUCCCGCUUUUGCUCCAGUUUUAGCUCCCUUGAUUCCAGGACUCUAUAUACCUACUAAAUUUUUCCGUAUGAUUUUCAACAAAUUAGCUCGAGAUUUUCAGAAUUAUCCUGCACUUGGAGGGCUUGUACAGACACUAUUCAGUUAUGUUGUUGGAGGGGAUAGCUCAAAUUGGGUGGGGGUGAUAGGUACAUCACACUAUAAUAUGAAUGAUAUGCCAGGAGUUUCCUAUUAUGUUGCAGUGCACUUAGCACAGAUGAGACAUGCAAAGAAAUUUCAAAUGUAUGACUUUGGAAGUUCAUCUGCAAAUAUGGAGGCUUAUGGAAUGCCUCACCCAUUGGACCUUGCGGCAAAUUAUGGCUUUAUCGAUAUUCCUGUUGAUGUGGUUGCUGGCCUGAAGGAUAAACUCAUACCUCGUUCCAUGGUGAUGAAGCAUUACAAAAUGAUGAAAGAUGCUGGAGUCAAGGUGUCAUAUGGAGAGUUUGACUAUGCUCAUCUUGAUUUUGUAUUUGCCCACAAGGAGGAGCUUCUUACGUAUGUCAUGUCUCGGCUCCUGUAUGUUUCUUCACCAACAAAGAAAGGCUUCAGUACUAAGUCAAUAAAAUUGAGAAAAUCUGGUAACAGUCAGAAAUAUCAAGGGAACAGAGAUGAGAGUAAAUCCACCAAAUGUGCGUCCAGUAAAUCAUUUAGAGUUAAAGAAACAGUUUCUGCAGAUGACAAAUGGCCUGAAGAACUUCAUAGUUCCAUUCCAAGUUGCAGCUCUUCUGAAGGAUCUUGAAGCUAGGAACCUGAAAUUGGUUCUGUCAAAAAAACAAGUAAUUCACACUCAUUUUGAAAGAGACUAAAAGAAGAACCUUAAUUCUCUGUUUAAAUUAUACUAUUGAAAUCCGAGUGAAAAAUUCAAAUCAAAUUAUACUAAUGGCAUUAUCCUUGCUGUUUGGUGUGUAAGGUCUAGUCCAUCCCCUAUAAAUACAUUCUCUUUGUAAUUUGUAUCUUAGUUUGGCCAUAAAAGUUUAUCCUUAAGUUAGGAUAUUGUAUGAUAUGCUUUUGGACAGUAUUUUUAAUUGUCAUUGAAACAGGUAUUUGUGGCAUUAUUUGGUUGCCUAUACCCGAAGCACUCAACACUAUUUUAGUAUUUAGUAGCAGAAAUGAAGAUGAAGCUGGGAAGAACUAUUCUUGGUUGCUACUACAGAGCAGAAAACAGUACAAAGAAUUUUAUAUUCUAGACAUGCUAUAUUGUAUUUUCGUGCUAAUGUGGAAUAUAUACAACUGUUUGAUUUA